AUGCAUCCCGGUAGGAUCGUCCUUGACAGCCAACCAAGAAGACGGACGAGUGUGGAGAAGGAAGCUAACAAUGAAUGCACCUGGGAAGCCCUUGCCAAAAAGGUUGCAGUGCUGAAGAGAGGUUAUCAAUGGAUCGGUGAAAUUGAGGAUGAAAUGGAGGUCAACCAAAGUGGUGUUGCCGCUGGCACUAAGCCCAUCAAGCCAUGGAUGAAUGAGCCACUUACCCCCCUAGCUGACGUGGAAGACAAUGCUGGACCUGUAGUGAUGAAGGGGAAAGGGACAAAAGCAGCAAAGGCAAAAUCACUACAUGAAGCGAUAAUCUCCACACGCAACAAAGUAUCCCCACCAUCAACACAUGACAAUAGCAUCGGCACUAGUACUGGUUUGAUGUGCGUCUUACUUCUUAACAUGUUCCUCCUAACUGAGGCAACUCUUUUCUUUGCGAAUGUCCUAACGACUGCCAGCUCUGACAAUAAACUGACUUUAUCUAAGCGUGUCAAAAAUUGGGUGAACAUCAUCAACACAAGCUCUAUGCAAUCUUCGAGUGCCAGUGCCAGUCCUUGCACAUCAGCUGCACCACCUCCAUCCACAAGUACCCUCGCUACAAGUACUAUCAAUGUCGAGUUCUGUGUAUUCAAUCUCAGCUCUCCACUGCCAAAUGAUCCCCAAUACAACUAUGAGUUCGAAUCCCAACUACCAGAAAACUUCAACUUGCUACCUGAUCGCAAAGAUGGAGAAGCUAGUGGGCCAUCUCAGUGCACUGCUGCAAUGGCUGAGGAGUAUGAGGCCAAUGAUCCUGCCACCAGACUCACCAACAUCAAGAGGAAAGUAGCCGAGUUGGAAUACAUCUCGACCUCUGAGGUUGAGGGCAAUGGCAUUGAUGAUAACUGUGACAAUCUAGACGAUGCCAUCUGUGUUUUGGGGCACAAGAAUGCUGCAGCCAAGUUGCAUGUCAUGGUUACAAAGGGCAUGCCAAAGAAGAUCAAGAUACAAGCUUGCGACUCUAUGUCCAGCUUAUCAGCCACAUCUACUAGCAAGAGAUCUAUCGUAGCGAGUGAUUCAUCGAGUCAAGUGCAGACCAUCCCUGUGCAAGUGCGUUUCAACAAUUUGGAUCUCCCCUCAGAUCUGCAUAAAGAUCAGAAGUGGAAGAGGGAAGUUAUUCUGACGCUAAUCCUAUGGGCCAGAAACCAAGAGGAUGCAUUCAACAUCGCCAAGCAAGAUAUUUGUGGGGCUCUACAGGAGAUCAUGCCACUUGUAUACCCCAUACUCAAGAACAUGGCAGGUAGCAUUCUUCCCAGCUUGCCCAUGGUUUCUGUCGCAUCUCAAUGCUUGUGUGAUUGGAGGCACAGCUUUGCCUCCACGGCUGUUGUGCAACUCGUAGCUUUCUUCCUCAAUCCUCAAGACCCAUUGCCCACCGACACUGCAAAAGUAUUACUUGAUCAUUUCACAUUCUUAUAUGAAGACCUCGACAUGACUGUUCCUGAGAAGGCCUUCCACUCCAUUUUUGUGCAACAGCUGCUGCUGAGCAGCCAUUUGACCACAACCAAAGGAUAUGUUCAAGUCCCCACUCUUGACACUUCGUCUUUGGCGAAGCAUGGUGUUGUUGGUGCUCUUGGACUUUGUGCUGCUGCGCUCUCACAUGGCUUGAACCUCGUUAGAUCUGGUGAUGUCGAGCUCAAGUCCCCCAUCAAUGUCAAAGAUGGUAUUGCCAAAGUGGCAACGAGGUUUGUGCAGACCCCCGUCAAAUACAACAUGGCUUUGGGCAAGGAUAGCAAGACUGCGUGUGCAUUUUCAGACCAGAAUUGGGGAGCCCCAACGAGGAAGUUUAUGGGGGCCACCAAAAGAAGAUCUAUUGCUCAGCUUCAAGCCAUUGUAGAGCUCGCCCUUGCUUCGCUUGCAAUAGGGCAAGAACUCGACCCCAAGCUGUUGAGUGAUGCAGGAUCUGAUGACAAGUAUGCACUUAUCUUGGAUAUUAAUUGCACUUCGUUGCUGCUUAUCUGCUUGACGGAACAGAACCAGCAUUAUUUCAAGUAAGAAACUAAUAAGCUAAGCACACAUUAAGUAAAAAAUAAGCAGUGCUAAGUAAGUAUCCAGCAGAAGGAUCUACUUAUCCAAGCAGACGGCUGCUUGGCAGUUGGUAUGAUAAGCAAAUGUUAAGUAGCUGUCAAGUAAGGAUAAGUAAACUCGUGAUUUGCUGAUGU